AUGUGCUACCCAGUUAGGAGAGAGAUAGUCCUGGAGAACCACAUGAAGAAAAAGCCCGUGACAGAACUACAGAAGAGCCGGGGUGACGUCUGCUCCUUCCAGCAGGCUCGGGACUCCGCAACGCCGGGCUGGCCAGGAAGAGGUCUGUGUGCGGUGCUGACGGUGCCGGCUCUGUGCUGUCUCCACCCCACCCCACCCGACCGCACCCCACCUGUUCAAAACUGCAAAUCCCAGCGUGCAACGCGGCAGGGGGACAGGGAGCUCAGCUCUGCGCCCGCAGCCGCCGGGUGUGGAGCAAUCCGAGGGCCAGGGACAGCGUCUGCAGCGAAGGGGUCCAUACUGCACAGUAUUUCUUCUUUACCGUACGUCAGGGGUGCCGAAAAUAGCAAGCCCAAGCUCGGCAGCCGCUCAAGGUUUAACUCUUCUGAGCAGCAGCCGAGCCGCGGCAGAACCGAGCCCUCCACCUCCAGCAGGAGCUCCUGUGCUGUCCCAAACCCAAAGCAGCACCUCCGCGUCGCGGCCUCUCUUGCUCCCUUUUUUCCUUGCACCUCUGCCAAAGCCGCAGCCAGGGCGCACGCACCGCCCAGCCAGGGCCCCGGCCCCGCCUCAGCCGCGCCCCAGUCCAGCCCAGCCCCGCCCGGCCCCGGCCCCGGCCCCGCCUCCGGAUGCGCCCUCUCAGCGCCCCCGGGGUGGCCGGAGAGAAGGGCGAGUGCGGUCCACAGUGAGGAGAGCCUGAGGCCUGGCACAGAACUGGACAGAAAACUGCUCAAUGGGUCGCCUGCGCGCUAGCCCGACAGCCGAAUAUAAAUGUUAGUUGAGUGACUAUGGC